AUGCAUUUGAAAACUGGAUUAAUAUUUUUGGUCAUCUGCCUUGCUCUCCAAGUUCAGGGAAGCAGAGAAAUUCCUAAUAAAAUAAACCGUGCUGAAGCCAAACAUCUUGCAGUCACCUCAGGGUCAGACAAAACAGAAAGAACAACAAAGCGGUCCAGGGUAUCAACCAUAAGGAGGAUAUUUGACAUGGCAAAACACCGAACAAAGAGGUCAUCCUUUUUCUCAACUGGUGUGAAAGUUUGCCCACAGGAAUCAGUGAAGCAGAUUUUAGCCAGUCACCAAGCUUACUAUAGAUUAAGAGUCUGCCAGGAAGCUGUGUGGGAAGCCUUCCGUAUUUUUCUGGAUCGGAUUCCUGACACUUCCGAAUAUCAGAACUGGGUUACUGCCUGCCAGAGGGAAACCUUUUGCAUAUUCGACAUUGGCAAAAACUUCAGCAAUUCCCAAGAACACCUGGAAAUAAUUCAACGGCGAGUAAAACAUAGAACCUUCCAGGAAAGGAAGGAUGAAAUAUCAGCAGAGAAAACAGGAGGCAAAAAGGUGGAAGACGUUCCCUCCAUUUCUACAGGCUCUCCUGGCACACCCCUCUCUCCGUAUGCACCUAAUGGCACAAUGCUCAAUGAAAUUUUCAACGACACAAAGAUUCCUGUAAAGGAGCUGGGGACAAAUGCAGUCCCUGAACUGCCUGUGGAGCAAAUGGUGGAAUUCAGUGUCACUCUCACUGAUCAGGAGUACACAGCUGAACUUGGUGACCCCAACUCCCCAGAGUACCAACAACUAGCUGCCAAAUUUCAGCUACAGAUGAAAAAAAUAUUUGAGAAACUUCCAGGAUUCAAAGAAAUCCGCGUGUUAGGAUUCAAACAGAAGAAGGAGAAAGAUGGAUCAAGCAGCACCGUGGCACGAUACGUGGUGAACUUUGAGAGAGAUGGCUCCGAAGCCCUAGGCACAGCUGAUGACAUCUCAACUAUUGGAUCUAAUAAAGUUGAAAGUGAAAAAAUACCAAUUUCUCCAGUUGAAGAGAGGGAAAUAUCAGGAACUAAGCUGACAGUAACAGACCUUCAGCAGCUGGUUGCCUCUGCACUCCAUGAAGACCAGUCCCUGCCAGUGGACCUGGGAACACUUCAGUUUACUGACGAAACUAUUAUACCACCUAGUGAUUUAGACAAUGAUAUCCAAGGCGUGGUCACUAUUCCUCUGGCAGGCCCUGAUUUGGAGGAACUCCCACUAGGUUAUCCCAGUCCAGCAACAGUGGAUCAAAGAGGAGAUGUAUUUGUUGGUGAAUUUACAACUGAAAGCCCUGAUCUAAGUGAAGAGAUCAGCAUCCCUGAAGAAUUUAAUAAUUUUAUUACAUCUGAACCUGAUUUUCCUACCAAACCCUCCAGAGAACCAUUUCAGGACAGAUAUCCAUACACCCAAGUUACUGCUACCGACCACCCAAGUUUCACCGUGCCUUUCAGUGCUCUGGGCAGCACCAGCAGUCCAAAACCAGAGGAUUCCUAUUUGCCUCCCCCAGCAGAUGAUUCUGCUGGCAAAGACUUACUCACUGAUGGCUAUGAGCCUCCAGUGGAGCUGGCUACUGCAGGAAGCUUCACCACACCUGGUCUCCUGCCUGCUGCAGAGGUGGAGAGUGCAGCUGAAGAGAAGCAAGAGCUGACUGGUACAGCAGAGCCUCCUUCCGAGGAACCUGACAAAGAGAGCCUGUCUGGACAAGCAGUUAAGAUCAUGGAAGAACCAGAAUCAUCAGGUGAUGACAUUUUUGUUACAGCCAGCACUUACGACAGGUUGCCUUUCUUCACUGCUCCAAGUGAUGUCUCCACCAUGCAGCCCGGAGCUGUCGUGACAGACGUGCUGCUGCCGAUAGCACCGCUGCCUGCAGCCACCAGCCCGUCCUACAGCCCCUCUGAGAUCAUCGAGCAGUCCCUGGAGUUACCAGAUUCUCCAGAGCCAGCCCCGGAGGGCGCUCCCGUGGAUGGCACCGGGCUGGGCGUGCAGGACAUCGCCGCUGAGCUGGACCAGAUGGGCGCCGUGAGCACGACAGCGCUGGACGAAGGGGAGCAGGGCAGCGCUUACAUCCCAGUGCUGACCACCGAGCCUGCAGAAACCACCCCAGCACCAGGGCUCAAGUAUGUCACCACCAGCUCCAUGACAACUGCAGCCAAAGGCAAGGAGCUCGUGGUCUUCUUCAGCCUGAGGGUGACCAACAUGCACUUCUCUGAUGACCUCUUCAACAGGAGCUCGUCAGAAUACAAAGCACUGGAACAACAGUUCAUGCAAUUGCUACUUCCAUACCUCCAGUCCAACCUUACAGGUUUUAAGCACUUGGAAAUUCUCAACUUCAGGAAUGGAAGUGUGAUUGUGAACAGCAAAAUGAAAUUUGCCAAGACAGUGCCAUACAAUAUCACAGAAGCAGUACACUGUGUUUUGGAAGAUUUCUGUGAUGCUGCAGCCCAACACCUCAAUUUGGAGAUUGACAGCUAUUCCCUGGAUAUUGAGCCAGCUGAUCAGGCAGACCCCUGCAAAUUCAUGGCAUGUGACAAGUUUUCCGAGUGCAUAAUGAACGAGUGGACAAAAGAGGCGGACUGCCUUUGCAAGCCUGGCUAUGCCAGCCAGGAUGGAUUGCCCUGCCGGAGCCUGUGCGAGCUGGAGCCCCAUCUCUGCGUCAAUGGUGGGAAAUGUGAGCUGGUUCCAGGAAGAGGAGCUGUCUGCAGAUGCCCUGUACGUAGACACCAGCUUUACCAAGGACAGCGCUGUGCAAAAUUUGGUCCAGAACCCACACAACCCUUCAUUUUUAAACAUCUCAUUUUUGGCUUAGGAAGCCUUGGUUUUCUUUUCAUCAUUUUAAUUAUUAAGAUAAGAAGAAAAUGCAAAAGAAACUCUAAUUUGCAAAGUCCUACUCUCAGCAGCUGCAAUUCAGAAAAUGCUGUAAGGAUUAAUCCUGCUUUUGAACACGAUGAACCCCUAUCUAGCUUUUGUCACACGGCUUGCAGUGUAAGUGCUUGUCUCAGUUCCUCAGAGAUCCUUGAUCACGAAGCAUUACACGAACUUGAAAACACAAUUCAGCCUGGAGAUCACCAGAUGAGUUUACAAAAUCAAGACUGACAAGUUAGUCCCUGGACCACUUCAUUUCCAGCACCAGCCAGACAAAACCAAGGUUUGUGAUUAUUUUCAAAAACCUUAAAAAUUUGUUGUGUCCCAUUGUCAAUGUUAGCAGGGAGCCUCUUUGUAGUAAUUCCAUACAAAGAAAAGCUCAGAUUUUUUGGAUGCUUAAUAUGACAAGUACAUUUUCUUCUUAAAUGUUUUUAUGUAACAGAGUUCUAUUUUGUAUAACCAUGUGCUGAUGUGGCAGUCACUGGAACAUAUGAAGGAAGAAGAAAUACUUGAAAUGAUAAAUUAACACACAAUGCAAUCCAAAGGGGAGGUUUAAAUAGCACUACUGGAUCACCUAAAAUCUCAGUCUGGUUAAGCUACAUAGAGUUUGACAAAUAGGAAUUCUAUUUUGAACAAAAUACUGCUCAUAUCUCAAGUAUUAGUUCAACUUUUGCAACUUGAAACCCCUUGUAUCUUUGUGGGGGAAAAAAAGACAGAAGGGAGAAAAGCUGAGUCAAAAAUUCAUCUAAAACUGGCAGGCUGUUUCUGAUAUAUCUGAGUAUGUCCUCUUGAUAGGUACAAAGUAAAGCUUUUACUUUGCCAUUUUAAUUUUUCUGAAUUACAGCCCAACUAGGAACACAAAGCUUUUGCUAUAGGUGUCAGCACCCAGUGUUAUUGUGGAGAAUAUGAGCACAGGAGUGCCCUUGGCACUAGCUGGACAUUAUGGAAGACAGGACACCAACUACAUGAAUCCUGGGCUCCUUACAUGUUUAUUGUUAUGUAAAUAAAGGAAGAAGCAAAGACACCAUACAGAAAGAUUUAUUGUCACUGAUCAUCAUACCCAGGCGUGGUCUCUUCAAGUACUGUGGCCACAGUUACAGACUGAGCUGAAAAUGGGAGAACUAGAAAGCAAAGAUAGAGAUGAACAAAGACAGAGAUGGACAAAACAGCAGGGAGUAGCAGUGUGGAAAAGCUCAAGAACGAACUCGAUUUGCUGCUCUUAAAAGCACGAGCACAGAUGUUUGCAAUUAGUAUUUUACACCCACCUUAAAAGAAAUGUGCCUAUAGGCAAUUGUAGACCAAUAAACUUUCGUAAUAGCUAAACUACUUAAAACUACUACAUAGAAAAGCAUUAAAUAUUUUAUUAAAGCAAUAAAAUGGCGCAUCUGUGAAAGAAAACCAGGUCUGUGCCAUCUAGACCAUAUUUGAAUUGUUAAAAGUACAUUGACAAAGCUCUUCUCAAGAUCUAGUUAAAUAAAUUAAGUUAGUGAAAAAUCCAGCAACCACAAAAUUGAAAUGGGAUUUAAAAAUUAGGUGGCUAUUUUCCACUGUUACUUAAGUUCACAGUGAAUAUUUACAUCACCCUUAGAUUCAACAUGUUUUUAAUGAUUUGAAAAAAGUUAAUGGCAGAAGAAAAUGAAAGUAGAACAGCUUCCAUUAGCUGAAAAUAAGAGGAGCACUUUGAUUUCACAAUCUAGAAAACUCCUUUAGGGCUAAAAUCUUUAAAAUAAAUUAUGGCACUUGAAAUGAAUUUUCAGGAGGAAGUGACUCUCUACCACUUAUAGGCCAAAUUAAGAAUUCGGUAUUUAAAUUCUGGUUUGCAAUAUGUAAUGACAACAGGGACAGCUUUUUAAAAUGCAUUAUCUAGUAUAGCUCUGUAUUUAUAAAGGCAUAUAUGAAAAUAGGCAAAAGGUUCCAGUAGAAGCUAAAAUAACCUUCAAAUCCUUCCCAAAUAUGAAAAAAAAAAAAAAAGUCUCCAUUUUAGUUAUAGAAUUACUGUGUGGAAAAUUAUUGCAAAACUUAGUUAUCAGAAGGGGUUUUGAUUGGGUGGAGUUUUACCCAAUUAAUCAUCCAAAAACUGACGAUUUUUAACAAAUCCAGGGAUGUUGCAUCCACAACUUGUCAGGGCAAUCUCUUCCAGUGCCUCACCACAGUUGAGAAUUUCUUCCUUACAUCGAAUCUAAAUCUCUUUCAGUUUAAAGCCAUUCCCUCUAGUCCUAUCGCUCCCUGCCCUUGCAAAAAGUCUCUCUCCCUCCUUCUUGGGUACUGAAAGGUAGUCUCUUUAGGUACUGAAAGGCCACCAGAAGAUCCCCCUGAGGCCUUCUCUUCUCAAAGCUCAAUUCUUGGAAUGAACUACAAUUAUCUUAACAGAUUUUAGUGUGACAUUGCCUGUUAGCUAUUAGAUAAACAGUGCAUUUACAAAUUCAACAAUACUUUUCAAAUGUCUUACAGGACUUUCUCUUAUAGGUAUUCAAGAAAGGAGGUCUGCAUUAUUCAAGAUUGGACUUCAGGAUGAGUAUGAAAAAGAAAAAAAAUCAAGGAUUCCUACAGAUACAAUAGUUUGGCUCUAAAACCUGUGCACAUUAAAAAAAAAAUAGUUUUACUGAAGGACAGCAAAUGACCAAGUUGAGCAGCUUUUGAGUAUGUCUAAAAUGUCUGGUAGGAAGUCCCCACUACUAAGAUGCAUGCAUUAAGCUUUUGGUGCUUACACAUCUUAACUGUUUUAUUUAAGAGCUGAGUGCUAGAAACAGAUUUUGCUGAGAUGUGACAUUUUUCGAUACAGUAUGUUACAACCGUUCUCAAUGGAACUUCAGCGCAUUUCUAUACUCCUUUAUUAACCUUCCUUACACACACUGAUGCAAAUGGUGAAUGGAAGUAAGAGCUGUCAUUGACCAAAGGCCACAUUAAAAGCUUCUUCAUUCCUCCAUGAACACUCACAUUGCAAAUCACACAGAAGUUGGAUUUAAUUUUUCAAGGGUUUCUAUGAACAUCAGAUUCCUAUUUUUCUGUUAAUAAACACAUAAUUUUUACAUAUGUACAUAUUUACCUAACUAUUUAAUUUCUGGUGACAGUGGAACUAUCAGGUUAUCCUAAGACUUCAAACUUUUUGCUGAGAUACAAUAUGUGGAGUUCCAUCUUUUCAGAACAUGAGAUCUGUAUUUACAAGCACCCUCCUGGUAGUGAGUAGAUUAGAAUUGCACAUGAGCACCUACACUUUAGACUGAGUAUCCACACAAAUAAUUUUGAGAGGUAACUGUUAGUUUCUCUAGGAGAAAUCCAAGCAGACAACAGGUGACCAUUAAGUAUUUUGUAGGCUUAUUAUGAAUCCAUAAUCCUGAUUCAAGUACAAGCAUUAUUUUACCUUGAGUAUCUUUUUCUUGAGUAUAUAUCUCUAUUUAUAUUCUGCACCAGUGUUGUAUUCAGGCACUUGUUUGCUGCUUGGUGCACACCAGAAGUUGUACUUACAGCUCAAACUGAGCUUCUACAAAGUUCAUGACUAUCCUGGAUGACAACUCCUCAUCCAGAUGUGAAACUUUCGUGCAUUCAGGACAGCAGCUGAUUUUAGUGACAAAUUCUUACUUUGUACCAUGCAGUUACCAAGCAAAGACUGAGCUUUAGUUCACCUUCCCAAGUCUGCUCAAAAGAACUGUUUACAAAUUCCAAACUGCACGGAUUUGCCUGCAAAACCACUGGAACCGGUGACUGCGUUCGAACGAAGGCAAUGCACCAAGAAUACGAAGUUGAGUUUCUACAGCUGAAAUAGUGUUUUUACUUACUUUAUUUAAGUAGGAAAGAAAAAUAAAGAAGGAACCCAAGAUGUGGUUUUACACAGUAACACUUCAGAGUAAAAUUACUGUAAAAGUACUUUUUGCAGGGCACUGGCAGUCAUCCUUGCCUACAAAGGCUAGCUUUUCACUAUUGCUCAUGUAAGCUAAGAAUGCAUUAAGAAUGCUGAUAGCAUUCCAUUUUUUUCCAUUACAAAUGUAUUUUUCUAUGUGUUUAGUGUAUUUCAACUUACACUAGCUAUCAUUAGCCAGAUUUUAAAAAAAGUAAUUUUAAAAUGUGUAUUUUAAUAAUGAUUAUUCAUGAUUGUAUUUAUCACUCUCAACUAUUAAUUACCAAAUAUAUUUGCUGGACGUAAACCUUUUGUAUUUCAAUAAAACAUAAUAAAAUUAUUUACUUGAAAAUUUCACAAGGAAUUCAAGUUGUACCUAAUCUUACAAUAAAAUUCGUCAUGUUACUUUAAAACUGAUGUAAAGUUACAGUUAGAGAUAAAAGCCAUAAGGAAACUGAAACAAAAUUACAUUUCCUAGAUAAAGUAUUAAUUACUUGAAUCUUUUUAAAUUUAAAAAAUUCCACUCUGAUUUGGCCCUUAAGAUGAGAAAGUUCCCUAAGGGCACACAAACAAAUAAAACCCCACAAAAGCCAUACCACAUCUCCAACUCAAACAUAAAGCUUCCCUCACACCACACACAUCCAAAGCAGCAGAAUUUGUGUCACCAGGCACUGACACAAUCUAAAAUUAAAAGGAUGCAGAGUACACAGUAUAGCAAAUGAUAGACAUAUUGGACGUGAGAGCAAUAAAUGUUAAAAAAAGUAAUAAAAGUAAAAAGUUACUUGUUUAAGUAACUACUGAGAAAUGAAGUAUGAGAUUUAAUAUAACAAAAUCGGAAUUUACUAAUAUCAGAAUGUUACUUUGGAGAAACACUUAUCUUAGAAAGUAAAGACAAAAUCUUUACUAGAAUAAAACUUUAAAAAGCAGGUUUAAGCACCAAAAAUAUCUCAUGGAAAAGCAGACAGUACCAGCAAAGGAUUAUUUUUAUCUUUCUGUUAACUUAAUUAACCCUUAUGCUUCAACUCUUCAAAGACAAAACAGUAAGAAGAUACAAGUAAGAUUUCAACAUGGAGUGUGUUUAUUUUUAAUUUUUAAUUUUUCAGUACAGUAUUAGGAGGUCAAUUAAAUACUUAAAGAUUUUUGAGAAAAACCAGAGGAUUCAACUAGGUAAAGAAAAACACAAACUUAUCAGUGGAUAAAAGACAAGCAUUGAAUGACUUUAGGAUCUUCAGAGUAGCAUUCUCAAGAAAAUGUUUAUUCCUGCAUCACCUACUCAGGAAUGCAGCUUAGUGUGGUGAUUCUCUUCCUCUCCUCUGUUUUGUGGAGUAUUUUAGGUAGAUCUCACCUACAAAGGACAGUUUCACUGACAGGAAGAAUUAUUUAUUUAUUUAUUUAUUUAUUUUUAAUGAAACACACAGAGAACCAAAAAAACCCCCUAACUAUAAUUUUCUCCGUAAUUGUAGACCAGAAAGGCAUCAGGUCAUUCUACAGUGCUAAAGAUCAACCCUCUCCCCUCCUUUUGUAUUUCCUCUCCUGAUCAACCAACUAUAAUUACUGACACAGUACAAGGGACCAUGGAAACAAUUGGUAAGCAGUUAAAUAGUCAGACAUGUAAAAAAAAUAAACUAAUCUCGAAUUAAAAUUAAUUUGUUUCACAAAAAGUUAAGUAAAACUAAGAGCAGAAGCUGCUUUUGGGGCAGAGUGGAAAAAAAAAGGGGAAAAAAUAGCAGCCUGCUACUGUGCAAACUAGAAUACCCUGAUUUCUGGAAUGCAUCUUCUGCUUCCCUCAGGCAUACUUGUGGAGCAAUGCUGAGAGGUGGAAACAUCUCAUUGGAGAUGUCCAGCCACCAGACCCUCUUCCACUAUUUCCAAGUCCAUUUUAUUUUCAUGAUAGCUCAUAUCUAAUAGUCAUUUAGUAAAGAAAAAUUUCCAUACACUCCAUUCUGAAGAAUAAAUUUUCUUUCCAAUGCCAGUCAAGGAAAUCCUGACAUAACUAAAGGAACAGACUGGAAAAAUUCCGUUAAUUUUAUUUAAAGUUCCCUACAGGUAUGUUUACACACAUACAUAUCAAAAUAUUUAAGUACAUAUAUGUGUGCAUACCUACACACACAUGUAAGCAUUUGAGGUUCUUUGCUUACUAUGUUCAGUCUCUUAAGAUUCAUGGAUCUUUAAAGAUACAUACACUGAUAUAGCAUAUGUCAAGUCAAGCAGCUAAAUCCAGACAGAAACAAACACAGGUAACGUCAGUGAUUUUUCCUCCUUGGAUCGCAUGAGGGAGCACAGUUUCUUGCAGUGCUAACUGUCCAGGAACUGGAAGUUGUCACAUUUUGGUUCCCAUGCAGUAACACAUUAAACCAGUAAUCUAAAUUUCAUAAGCUGCACCUUUAAACUCAUGCAACACCUUAAGGUUUGCACACGACUUUCCAGCCAGCAGUCUGAUGCACUUCUCCUUUCAUCUUGCAGCCAAAAAUGACUGUUUCAGUGAAGAAUCUGGGUAACAUGAAAACAAUUUUCUCGAUUGCAAUGACAUGACCAGGAAGUAGAGUGGGUCUGCAGCAGAAGCUGAGAUUCCCUGACACAGUGGGUGUGUAGAGAGUUAAAUACCACUUGAACAUCUACACAUUAUUCCCAUAAGGAGUGUAUUUAUAACAACAAUCAGACUGUGGCAUGCAACCACAAUCUAAAGUCAGCAAGGAGUUUUCUCUGCGCUGUAGAACCACCCCUCUUGAAAAUUAAGUAUAUUUAUGCAUUUAAAAACUAAAGUUUCCAAGAGUUUUCAAGCUGAGUAAGGACUGAGGAAAUUAUUUUAUACUGCAAGCAAACUGCCAAUUAAAAAGGGCAAGAGUUCAUUUUUAAGUCAUGCUAUGUAAUUGGACAUCAAGCUACUUAUAUUUUGAAUUUCUAUCAGAGAGAUAACAAAUGGUCAUGUUUAAUUUGUUGAAAUAAUGGCCAGCAAGGUAAAGCAAUCUUCACAUAAGUGAAAGAGAUGUGUCUUAAAACUGUAUGAAAUUAAUUAUUCCCACCCAAAAAACUCCCAAACAAACUGCUUAAUAAGGGAACUAUUACAAGCUAUGAAACUUGAGAGAGACUAAUAUACAGCUCAGCAUCCAAAUCACUAUGAUAUUCCAGUACACUAAAAAUUGUAGCUAUUGCAUCAGCACAUAGUAUUAAGAUGCGUUAUGUUAUUCGACCAAUUUUUUACACAGUCUAAUAAAAGGUACAGACUUUGUGUAUCUUGUUACAAUUAAAGAGGAUUUCUGAGGCUCAGGCCUCAGUAUUCAGUUAAGUUAUACUGCCAGCAAAAAGCUGAACAUAUUUCCCUUAAUGCUAUCCUUAAUCUUAUACAUCUUCAGAUACAAGGCUUGGACAAUUUAGUGUAAUAUAUUGAAAUUACACUACCUGGCUAAACAAACUGUCCAAGAAUUGCUAACAGAAAUGUGGUCAGAAAAACAAAGUCUAAAGCAGAUUUGUACUAGAGAGAAAAAAAAAGAAUCUA